UAAAAACAACACAGUCAGCAGGGAGAGAAAGAUCAAGGACUAAUAAACAGCAAUAAUGGAUUCAACACUCCCACUAGUGAAGACGUCUCCAUAAACUGAUCAGCUGCUGCUGAGGAAAAGGCACGGGAACAUUCAGCCGUAGCAGAGAGCAGGUGGCGGCUUCAACAAAACAUCAUGGAAGACAAGAAGGAUUCAAAGAAACAGGAGAGCAAAGGAAAGUGCAGGGUGGUGUUCGGCUACCCGCUCAGCAUCUUCUUCAUUGUGGUGAACGAGUUCUGCGAGAGGUUUUCCUACUAUGGAAUGCGAGCUGUGCUGGUGUUGUACUUCAGGUACUUCCUGCUGUGGGACGAUGACUUGGCCACCUCCAUCUAUCACACCUUUGUGGCCCUCUGUUACCUCACCCCCAUUCUUGGGGCCAUUGUGGCUGACUCCUGGCUGGGGAAGUUUAAGACUAUCAUCUACUUGUCCAUCGUCUAUGCCGUCGGUCAGGUUGCUUUGUCUGUGAGCGCCGUCCAUGACAUCACUGACACAGACAGAAAUGGGAAACCAAACAACAUGACCUUUCAUGUUGUGUUGUCUAUGGUGGGCCUCUUCCUCAUCGCCUUGGGUACCGGUGGUAUCAAACCUUGCGUGGCUGCCUUUGGUGGGGACCAGUUCACGGAUCAACAGGAAAAGCAGAGGAGGACGUUCUUCUCUGUCUUCUACCUGUGCAUCAAUGGCGGGAGCCUCCUAUCAACCAUUAUUACACCAGUUAUCAGAGCUCAGGAAUGUGGGAUCUACUCUCAGCAGAGCUGUUAUUCUCUGGCCUUUGGCGUCCCUGCAGCGCUGAUGGUGGUCGCGCUUGUCGUGUUCAUACUCGGGAGCAGCAUGUACUACAAGGCCAAACCAGAGGGAAACAUCAUGCUGGAUGUGUGUCGAUGCAUUGGGUUUGCAGUUAAAAACCGCUUCAAGCACAGAAGCAAGCGAUACCCAAAGAGGGAGCACUGGAUGGACUGGGCCGAGGAAAAAUAUGACAAACUCCUCAUUGCUCAGAUCAAAAUGGUGCUGAAGGUUCUGUUUUUGUACAUCCCACUUCCCAUGUUCUGGACUUUGUUUGACCAAAAGGGCUCCAGGUGGACUCUGCAGGCCACCACCAUGAACGGAUACUUUGGGUCCAUCGUUAUACAGCCCGAUCAGAUGCAGACGGUCAACCCCAUCCUGAUCCUGACCAUGGUGCCCAUCAUGGGCAGCCUGGUCUACCCGGCCAUCAAGAAAUGCGGUCUGAACUUUACGCCUUUGAAAAGAAUGACAGUGGGGAUGGUUAUGGCAUCUAUAGCUUUUAUCUGUGCUGCUUUGGUUCAGAUGGAAAUUGACAAAACACUGCCCACGUUCCCGUCAAAAUCCCAGAGCCAAUUGAAGCUACUAAACAUGGGGACAAAUCCGCUCACGGUAAUGCUGCCUGGAAACGUCCUAGUGAAUCUCAGUGCAGCUCAGGCGAGUGACGACUAUUUCACAUUUGACAAAGAAGAUAUCGUUGUGACAACUGACCACCCUCAGGUCACAAGAACUAUUUCCUUGUCUAUGGGACUGCGUCAAACGCUUCUCCUUCCCCCACAUGCUUUGGACCAAUGGAUUCUGGCUGAUGACUUGACUUCCAAACCAGAACAGGGCAACAAUGCAAUCCGAUUCAUAAACGGCAUGGACAUCCCAGUGAACAUCUCAUCUCCUAAAGGAGACUUUGGAUUAGUUGAGCCAAAUUUUUAUUCCAACUACACUAUGAUAAAAAAUGGAAAGACCACAUUUACUCUGUGGAGUGGGUCACAGUCAUGUGAAUACAGCGCAGAGUAUGGAUUUGGAAGUUCAUACGCCUACUUCAUCCCCAGCAGUUUGGUCUUUGGACCAGAUUGUCAACACUCCAUCAAUGUGUCAGAAAACAUCAAGGCCAACUCAGUUCACAUGGCCCUCCAGAUCCCACAGUACUUCUUCAUCACUACUGGUGAAGUGAUGUUCUCUGUUACUGGUCUGGAGUUCUCCUACUCGCAGGCACCUAGCAACAUGAAAGCAGUGCUGCAAGCUGGCUGGUUGUUAACUAAUGCUGUUGGCAACAUUAUUGUACUGAUUGUGGCUGAGAUUGCGAAGCUUCCUAAACAGUGGGCUGAGUACCUCCUCUUUGCCUCUCUGUUGCUUGCCGUGUGCGUCAUCUUCUCCAUCAUGGCCAAUUUCUACACCUACAUUGAUCCUGCAGAAAUUGAGGCUCAGUUUAAAAAGGAUGACGAUAAAGACGAUGAGGAUGAUAAAGGAAAAAGAAAGUCCUCAGAUGUUGAGAUGACCAGAAAACACUCCGUUGGUAGUCAAAGCGACGGCAAACAAACAAAAAUAUGAACAGUAUACAAAAUAAAAAUAUAUCCAUAAUGGAUUUGUAGUUUAAUAUUCACACCUGAUGGAAACCAAUUGAAUUCUAGUGUGUCUAUCUGUGUUUUUGUAUAUUUUAUUUUCAUUAUAAUAAAGACCUUUGUCUUAUAACAACAGCAGAUCAAUGCUGUUGUUGUUUCUUAACAUUCACAUAUUAUUGGAUGGAUCAACUAUUGUAUAUUUAUGUGUAUGUACUGUUUAGUUAAAUAAUAGAGUAGAAAUAAAUUCUUUUUAUGGAUUGAUUGAUUGUUUUGUGUAUUUAUAUCUGCAAUGGAUUUGUGAGUAG